CUCGUGCUGCCCGCAGGUAAAGGGGAGGAACAGGCACUGGCAGGCACCGUUCUCACCCUCCUCUGCCUCCAGAUGGGCUCUGGCCUGGAGGGGGAAGAGCUGUUUCGCAGCCUGAAGCCCCUACUGUUCAGCGUCCUGAUGGACAGUACAGCUAGCCCUGGCGCCCGGCAGAGUUGUGCCAUGGCCCUGGGCAUGUGUUGCUACAUUGCUGCUGCUGAUCUUGAGGACCUGGUCUCGUGCCUGUCCUGCCUGGAGGGUGUCUUCAGCCUUGCCAGUGCAAGCGAGGGGGGCUCAGCACCCACCCAGCACGGCCCUCUGCACUGCAGCGCACUCCAGUCAUGGUCCCUGCUCCUCACCAUCUGCCCCGCCUCCCACAUCAAGAGCAUAUUGGACAAUUGCUGGCUGAAGCUGCCCCCGCUGCUGUCCAGCAGCAGCGUCGCACUGCGCAUCCUGGCAGGGGAAAGCAUCGCACUGGUGUUCGAGCUGGCCCAGGAUGUGGAGGAGGACUUGUGCCACCAAGAUACAGAGUUCCUGCGUGCCCAGCUCAAGGUCCUGGCUACCGAGAGCAACAAGUACCGGGCCAAGACAGACCGACGGAAGCAGCGCUCCAUCUUCCGGGACGUCCUGCGCUUCAUCGAGACAGGGGAGUACCAGGAGGAGACCAUCCGAUUCGGCUUGGAGUGCAUGUACCUGGACAGCUGGGCACGCCAGCGCACCUACCAGGCCUUUAAAGAGGUGCUGGGCUCUGGCAUCCGCCACCACCUCCAGAACAACGAGCUGCUGCGAGAGAUCUUUGGCCUCGGGCCCCCAUUGGUGCUGGAUGCGGCCGCUCUGAAAGCCAGCAAGGUCUCGCGCUUUGAGAAGCACCUCUACAACUCUGCUGCCUUCAAAGCCCGCACGAAAGCCCGGAGCCGGGUGCGGGACAAGCGGGCGGACGUGCUGUGA